GCGAGUCACGUGCUCACCGCUCGCAGCUUGUAUCGUCCGUUCCCGCUGCCGUGGCGACCGGCGGAUUGAACGACUACGGCUGCGGCGCUCGAACGAAACGAACUCCGGGGAUUGUUUUCGCGAAACGACCAACGAGCGGUGCUUCGCCGGUGCGUGCUGCCCGCCGUCUUGAGCCAUCCCGUCGUCGCCUUACGUCGUGCUCUUGCUUCACGUCGGAUUUGCAUCGAUCAGCGACGACGUGAAGGAAGCCGUUGUUCCUCAGCAGUUCCACGCCGUGUCGGCUCCGCAAACAGUCGGGCCCGUUGAGGCCGCCGCCGCCGCGCCAGGUGUGCGACUUCUCCAUUGUGCGCAUUCCGGCGUUCGAGUACGUCGGCUUCGUGGUUGCCGCGGUGUUCGCUACUCGGUGUGCUUGUGUGAGUGUCCGGAACCAGGAUUAGGAUCGCCGUGAACCCUGCGAGGCUAUGGCCCCGGCGCUGCCGUCGGCUAUUCCUCGCUGUGUUGGCGGUGGUUGUUGCUCCUGCCGUGGAAGAAGUUGCUGCUUCGGUCUGGACGGUGCUUUGUAGCGACCGAGCAUGGCUGCUGCGUCCUCUGCGUCGACGGCAACACCGGCUGCGAUGAGCGAAGCAGCCGUACCGCACAAGCCUGAUCGGUCGCGGAUGAAGAAGUCUGCCGCACCGGCGCCUCCUCGAAGUGUGGCCGGUGGCAGCGGCAGCGCCUGUUCCUUCUCCGGCCCGACCACCUCGAGGAGUUCGGCCUGCGUGCAACAGCCCCUGCCGCCGGCCACGGGCAGCGCCAUCAACCGCUCGGUCAGCAACGACGACUGCGCCAUCGAUGACUUGCUCGAGGGCCGCAUGGACCUCCGGCUCGUGCUUCCCGACGGCCGGGAGGUGCUCGUCAAUGUGGAGCGAAGGACGCCUGUGAUGGACCUGCUGGUUCAAGUGGCAACAGCACACAAGAUCAACCCGAGCGGGCACCUGAUACAGGUCCCUGCUGGGGAGAGGGGGGACCCCUUGACUUGCAAGCCCAACACCGCCAUUGGCUCCCUGGACACUGGUCGCCUGCUGGUUGUGCCCAAAGCUGCGCCGGGCGUGGCAGUCACAGACGCACCCCUCCUCCGGCACGUCUCGCAGCACGCUGGAAACCGCAUCUCCAAGCUGCAGCCCUUUGAGUCGACACUUCGGGUGCAGGUGCGUCUUCCACGCAACCAGCUGAUGGUGGUGCGCCUGCCACUGAGCACCACCCUGGAGGAAGUGAGGCGAACGGCUUGCCUUGAAAAGAACCUGGACCCCGCCGGGUACCAGCUGGUGCGUCCUGGCAUCCCAACGCAGCCGCUGGACCUUCACUGCUCCCUGCUCGAGUAUGGGGCAUCCGAGGUGAUGCUCCUCUCCAACCGAAUGCUGGCGGAGAACAUCCAGAACUCGACAGCGGACCUGCGCAGCUACUCGAUGAACCAGGAAGGCAAGAGGCUCGUUCUGGGCCUGCCCUCCCACUCCAGGAGCAAAGGGCAGAGCCUAACAGGGUCGAGCAGCGACGGGACCACGAGCAGCCGCGGCGCGUCUCCCUGCCGCAGCGAGCCACCGACCACGAUCACCUCGCGGGUGGUGCCGGUCAAGAAGCGUCCCGCACCGCCGCCCCCUUUGCCGGCAUCCCCGCCACCGAGCACCCAACCGCGGUCGGCUGGCGUCCUGCUGGUGUCCGAGGGCACGCCGUUGGUGGCCACUGGAAAGGGCGGUGGCAAGCGAGAGGGCGGCCCCACGCACUCGCGGCAGAGCUCCGACUCGAGCGGCUACCACGAGGCGUCGGUUCUGAGCGACCUCCCGGACACGCCGUCUCCGGAGGCGGCCAUCGGAAGGCCACCCUCCAACGAUGGCACGCUCAAUUCAUCUGCAGUGGUGGCGAGACGCAAGAGCCCCCCUCGGAGUCUGGUGCUGUCGAGCAGCACUUCCAAUGUGGCAGCCACUGGCCCAAGUGGUCGGACAACACGUGCACGCAGCAUCAACCUGGAGGGUGCCCCCAUUGGUCCGGGCAGAAAGCGCAAGGCCCCUCCCCCUCCACCCCUGACGCUCGCUUCCGGCGCAGAGUCCAAGAAGGACGGUCUCCAAGCUGAAGAUCCGGGCCUGAGGGAAGGAACGGCAUCGGAGCGGAUCAAAGAUGCAGCUGCUUCGCCCGAGCGACGAGAGAAAGGUGAAACAAUGUAUUCUUGGGACUCCGUGGUGCCUCCUCCACCGCAUUUCUCGGGUGCCGUCGCGCUCAGCUCCUCAACAGACACCACGUCCACUAACCGAACGUCCAGCCCCGAGCCAGGGCCACUAACCCCGUCUUCGUGGCUCCACAGACAAGAUGACAAGGCGGACGUGUACGUUCCCCCCUCGCACAUCAGUACCCUGUCGAGUGCCGCAGAAGACGCUUACUCGACCGGUGUUUCGGAAAGUCUCUCCUGGGAGUAUGCCAUUCCCGAACCACCUUCCCCAUUUCGAACCCAUGUGCCUUGCGAGUUGGACGAUCGCCGAAUUAAAGAAGGAGGCAAGGAUGCGGUGACCGAUGGGCCGGUUUCGCCUUUGCAAGCAGUGGCCAAAGAUACAUUGUCUUCGGACGACCUGGAAGACGACGGCAGCCUCGUCGACUCUGGACUUGUCGAAAACUUCCAUGAGGACCUGAACGAACCGGAAGCUGACAGCCAAGGGGCUGUGAGCUGCUUGCAAGACAAGCCAUCUCUUACAUCCUCGCCAGUUCACACGGCUGGCACGAUGGUAGAACUCGUGCCUUCAGUAGCCGAACAGGUUUCUACGGAAGAGAUUGUUGUCUCUGCCAACUCCGACGACAGGAGUGCCAUUGAGAGUGUGGAGCAUGUACAGGACGUAGCCCACAUAGAUCACGUAGACUCUGCUAAGCAUAGUUCGACCCCACCUGUUGUCACUUCAAGGACGAUUGUGACGACUCAGCAAUCGCCCGACGACUCUGCACGCGAGCACGAUACAAAGACGACAGUAACGCAGGCUGGAGAGCGACAGGAAAUUAAAAGGGAAGUCCCGGAAGCAACAGCGGAGCAGAAUCUAGAAAAGACUGCCGACGUUACUGUGACGAUUAAGACGGUAGUACCGGAGGAGGCUGAUGCCAAGGCCAAGAUGUCUCCGGUGGUAUUAGAUAGCGUGCAAGCCCAGACAGUCACCAUUUCAUCGCGAUCAACCUCCGAGAUAGCCGUCCCUCGCCAAAAGUCAUCUCUGAAAGAAGAAGAACCAAGCCCGGCCAUUGACACUAUGCCACUAACUGCUUCGGUGAUACGAAAAGACCUAGUGAAGCUUAGCUCCUUCCCCAGUGCCACCGAGACCAAGAUUGAGCAUUUGGAGCAUGUGCCUGCUGUCAGUACAACUUCUGUGCGGAGCGAAAGUCGCUCCGAAGCAUCCAUUAUCGAAUCGGAGGCCCGCGAGAGUGGCAAGCGUGGAAAUGAGCCUGUUGUACGAAGCCGCAGCAUAAACUAUGGCCCCGUUGCAUUCUCUAUUGGCUCCUACGGAUCGUACAAGACAGAAGCCGUGGAGGACAUCUUCGGCGGGGAUCCGGCUAAGGAACGCGUUGAGAGGUUCAAGAAUAUCAAGGUUGCCGGGUCCGCUAAAGCCAGCACAGUAAUGGCUGCAGACGUCCAUACUUCUGUGGCCUCCAAAACAGUGGCGGCUCCCAUUGCAGCCACCGUGACAAAAGUUAGCGCCAACAAUGGCAGUGCCAACAAGGAUGCCGGUGCAGGUUUCACAGUGAAGAUUGGCGAGAAGAAGAGUUUUGGCAACAGCGAAGUCGCCGACCAAACUAGAAAGCAGUCCAUGUCCGUCAUCGAUCUUCGGCAGCCGCAGACUGCUGUCCCGGCUGAAACUUCGAGAGAGGCAGUGGAUGCUCAGUUUGUAGAAGAGAAGGAGAAUCUGUUGAGCGAGUAUGCCAAGCUCCAGCAGCAAUUUGUUGCCUGGCAGCAGCAGCUGGCAUCUAACCAGAACCUCCUCGAGGACAAAAAGAUUGUUCCGAGCGUGGCAACGGCAACGGCUGCCACCUCAGCGUCGCAGAAGACUCCCACGGUCAGCGACAAAAAAACUGUGAAUGGUCCGCACGACGUCCGAACAUUCACUCUUCCUCGGACAAAACCGGUUCGUCCUCACACGCACGUGGUUCAAGAGGACGGGCGCACCUUCUCGCGUCAGAUUUCCGUCAAUACCCCUGUAGUCAGCUUCGGUUCGUGGGGCGAGCGUAGGGAGGACCAACAGCAGCCGGGCGCAGCACCAAGCAACAACAGUGGCAAGCCGCUGAACGUGUGGAAGAACAGUAGUGCUAGUACGGCACAGUCAGGAUCCACGUCUCUGCAUCCUCUCCCUGCCAGGCAAGACAGCAACGAUGGCAAAUCCAGGACAGCCAAGAAACCAGCGGGUAUCCUCUACGCAGCGCCCGUCGUGCGCGGCUUUUCUCAAGAAGCCAUUGAGAAGCUCUCGCAGGAAGUCUGCUCGGUGGAAAGACCUGAACCGAGACAAGCCGCCGCUCCAAGGAGGAACUCGGAGUCCGGAAACCAGGUCACGGCGACGAAAAGGAGCAGCUCCCAAGAAAACCUUGCUGCGCCUACCAUCCCACCAAAGUCAGUCGCGCGGCCCCUUUCGGUUCAUGUUACGUCGCUGAGAGACUUGGAGCACACGACGUCUACACUGGAGCGGAUAUCGGCCUGGGACCGCCGUUCUUCGCAGAGCGACGCAGUCGUCAAGCUCGCCAAGAAACCCAGCGGGACGUCGUCGUCCACAUCGUCGUUACCGUCACCGGAUUCUCUGGGUAACAACAAGCCGAGCGUGGUUCAGGCCACGUUAAAGUCCGGUGUGGUUACCACAACGGCUGCGGUGGCGCCUCUGGCACCACCACUGCCUUUUCCAUCUGCGAAGUUAAACGGGCACGCCCAGACGAACAGUUACGAGGUGGACGGACACCCGAAAAGUGUUAGCAGAAAUUUUAAGGGGAGAGAGCCCAAGGUGCAAGCGGAGAAGGUGACCCAUGUGACGGUGAAACCGGCGGUGGCACCCAAAGUCCACGCAGCUCCGAGGAAGGCGCAGGUCGCCACGGUAGACCCUCGGGACGUGCUCAUGGACGAGAUUCGCAACUUUGGCGGGAAACGAGCUCUUAAAAAGGUUUCUACGGAACCUGCGUGGCAGCUCAAUAUCUGCAACCUCCGUUCAGCAUAGCAGUGCGCUCCUCCCGGCUCACCACAGUACCUCACUCCCUGCCCUUCCGGGAGCGUUCCUCAAACCUAGCACAGCUGUCUUUUACUAGUUUUGCCUACCUCCUCACUGAGGUGUCCGGAAAGCAAUUGUUAAUGCAGCAGCGCGCACACGCGGGCACGAGCCCGCGUACCUAGAAGACGAGGGCAGUCGGUUUUAAAUGUGCCUCGUCGUGCCUUGAUUGGGCGGGGUAGGUAGGUUUGACGUUUUGCACUCCCGUUGGCAUUGCACAUCGAGUCGUUUGCUCGUCGAGUUCUUUUUAGUCAAGGUCUGUCGAAGGGCACUUUGCAGCCUGGUAGAUAUAUACAUAUAUAUAAAUAUAUAUAUAUACACGCACAUAUACACAUGAGCCCGUCGAGGCUUCUCUUAGAUGUCCCCCCUCGUCCAGGAAGUGAUUGUCUUCCUUGCGUCUCGCAGCAGUGCUGCCGAGAAGAGUCGUUCGGCAUUCCAUUUUAGAGUUGUUUUGUACACUCUUUUUUUUUUUCUUCCCGGGUGUCCGGUUACGUGUGGGACCAAUGAGAAGGGGGUUUUUCCUUUAGUUUUACGUCUUUUUUUAAGCUUUGAAGCUGAUGCUUCGAUGCGGUGUUGAGGGAGAGAAGCAUUGAGAGUUGCGGAGCAAGUGCCAUGUUAGCGAGGCAGGCUCUUUUUCCCCUUUCUUGUUUUGUUUUUAGUUUUGUUUGUUUUUUGUUGCAGAGAGUAGAUGCUGCGGACAGUGUAAAUAUGCGUGCCACAGAUCGGGGUGCCCUCUCGCGCUUCCUUGUAGCAGAUGAUUUCAUAACGACGGAAUGCUUCCUAUUGAACAGAUUUCAGAUUAACGAGGAUGUGGUUCUUUGUUUUUACCUCAGCGCCGUGGAUGGGAGAUGCUGGAAACAGCAGCCAAACAGCUCGUGGCAGCCAGUGUGGCAGUGUUGCCAGUCUUAGCUCUCGUAUAAGUUCCGGGACUUUCAGUGAAAAUUGCCCAGCUGGGCCGUCCUUGUUUGAAUCCAGAUACAUAUGACGGGGGGGAAUGGAAGCUGUUGAUAGCCAAGUGUUUCCAAUGGCAAGCUUGACAUUCACUUUGCAGGCGAUCUCACCAUUACUAAGGAGGUAAAAAGUUCUGAAAUCCGUUCAAAACGUCACAACGGCCGCGACCUAUUGCAGGAAUGCAAUGUCAUCAGCGCUGCCAAUUCUGCUCCAUCCAAUCUGACCCAAUCAACUUUUCAGUCGUGUGGCAUCUGUAAUUGCAGUUUGCAGCCAAUCAAUUACAGGAAACUAUAAUUGAUUGGCUGUUGCCGUGGCAUCGUGCCUAUCAGAGAUGACUACCCGACGUGACACAAUGUCACGUGUACCGUCGUGUCUGCCUGUUUGGUAAGCAUCUCCCAUUCAUUCAUUUAGCAAGCGUCUUAAGGCUACAUCCCAUCUAAAUUGCUCACCUUGUUCAGUGAGUAGGCAUUCAAGCAAGCCCAAAAUAUAUAUUGCCUUAAGAUACAUUAAUCAACAAACGUCGAGAAUGUUUUUACAGAUUUCCACAUACGUCCUCCUUCUCAGUGCCUCACAUUCCAAGUUUCAGUGGCCAAUAUUCAGAAAGCAGUGCUAUCUUCAUCCGUCAAACGGAGCAAAAGGCUAAUUUGAAUCACGCAGACUCUCACUGUCACGUUGGAGGAACAGCUACCUGGUUUACGGCUUUGCCCUUCCACGGCGAGUUUAUUUUAUGCAAAUUCUGCGGUGUGGUGGUGACCACGGCCUCGAGCACCUCGGUGUUGUGUCGGUGGGUCACCAUCCCAGUUGUACAUAGGAGUAAAGCGCCUGGCGAAGUGUCCCUGUGCUCCGUCGGGGCCUGGGUCGGGGUCUUUUAAUGCAGGGCUUGUGUAACUGACUAGUAUCCUAAUUGCUCAAGAGGGGCGUCUAGCCAAGGUGUAACCAAGGUAAAUGCGUUUUUAGGUGCCUUGUAGGAGGGUUUGCUUCGUUUAUAAAAAUAAAAAUAAAAUGAACAGCCCAGAGAAAGAGUAGAACGGACGCUGGGUCAUGUUGAGCGGGUAAAUGCGUGUCGAAGGGUCACUAAUUUCUAGGUGGGAAUUUGUGCAGUGUACAGUAUUUAUAUUUUUUUUCGUGAUUAUUGCUGUACGUGCGCAAAUACAAACAAACGCAUGGCGCUGGUUGAAGGUUUUGUUGAAGAAAUUAAAAGCCAGUUAACACAUA